GCUCUAUAUAGAGCUGGCAGUGGGCUUGUCAGACAGCAGAGCGUGAGUGACUCACAGGCAGUGGAGGGGGAAAGAAAGAGAGAGAGAGCGAGAAAGUGAACACGACUGAAACCUGAAGCCCUCUACCUGCGUGUGUGUGUGUUGUGUUGUUUUAGACAUAGGCAAAACAGCUAGAUUGGAGAGAGGAGUUUUUUGCCAUUGGAUUUACAGCAACAGGAGAGUGAGAGAGAGAAAGAGAGAGGGAGAAAGAGAGUUAUUUUCUACGGCGAAAGCAACAGAAGGUGAGUCGUCAUGAGGCUGUUAGUGUUGCUGGGCACUACGCUCCUUGUCCUCCUCCUGGCGAAGGAUGGGGGCGCCACGAGGGCGUCACGCACCAGACGGGACCUCAACAACCCCCUGCACCGGGGUGGCAUCCGCGACCCCUACGGCUCCUACUGCGAGAGGCGGGGCGGGUGCUGCCCGGGCAGAGACGACCAGUGCACCGUGCCCUACCUGGACACCAUCUGCUACUGCGACCUGUUCUGCAACCGCACCGUGUCCGACUGCUGCCCUGACUUCUGGGGCCACUGCCUGGGGAUCUCCCCGCCCCACAUUGGUGUCUGCGAGCGAAACGGACACAGAUUCCACUCCGGGGCUACCUACAAAGAGAACUGCAAUUUAUGUACGUGUGGCAGCAAUGGCCUCUGGGAUUGCGAGCAGCACGCCUGCCUGAUUGAGGAUGACAUGAUCCAGGCAGUCAACAGAGGAAGUUACGGCUGGAGGGCGGCCAACUACACCAAGUUCUGGGGCAUGUCUCUGGACGAGGGCCUGCGCUACCGACUGGGCACCCAAGCCCCCUCCCGCACCGUCAAGAGCAUGAAUGAGAUGCAGAUGAACAUGGAUGACAGCAAGCCUUUGCCACGCUACUUCAACGCUGCAGAACAAUGGCCAGGGAAGAUCCACGAGCCUCUGGACCAAGGGAACUGUGCCGCGUCCUGGGCCUUCUCCACAGCCGCCGUGGCGUCUGACCGCAUCGCCAUUCAGUCUAUGGGUCACAUGACUCCCCAGCUGUCGCCGCAGAACCUCAUUUCCUGCGACACGCGAAACCAGGGCGGCUGUGCCGGAGGCCGGAUCGACGGGGCCUGGUGGUACCUGCGCCGCAGAGGGGUGGUGACGGAGGAGUGCUACCCCUUCUCCCCCCCACAGGACGCCCCAGCAGAGAGAGCCCACUGCAUGAUGCACAGCCGGUCGGUGGGCCGGGGGAAGAGGCAGGCCACCGCCCGCUGCCCCAACACCCACACCUACAACAACGACAUCUUCCAGUCCACUCCUCCAUACAGGCUGUCCACCAACGAGAAAGAGAUCAUGAAGGAGAUUAUGGACAAUGGGCCAGUACAAGCCAUCCUGGAAGUCCAUGAGGAUUUCUUUGUUUACAAGAGCGGGAUCUAUCGGCACACAGAUGUGAACUACCAGAAGCUCCCUCACUAUCAAAAGCAUGGCACACAUUCAGUCAGGAUCACAGGCUGGGGAGAGGUGGCAACCCAUGAUGGGACUCGGAAGUAUUGGCUUGCUGCCAACUCUUGGGGCACAGACUGGGGUGAGGGUGGCUACUUCCGGAUUGCCCGCGGGGAGAACGAGUGUCAGAUCGAGGCCUUCGUGAUCGGAGUGUGGGGCCGCGUGACCAUGGAGGACAUGCAAAAGCACCAUCACGGCCGGCGCAAGUAGACGCACGCUCCCAACGUUCACCCCCGCCCCCCCAACCAACCUCCACAAUCCCGCCUCCCCUGGCAACCUCUGAAGGGGCUUCCUUACUGACCCAGGGGUAUCUUAGAAGCCUAACACCCCGUCACCAACCCAAGUGUACACAGCCAAAAAAAUAAACAAAACUGAAAAAAAAAAAAUUGAGCAUGACAACGAGACGUCAACUCCCGUAACUCUUCAACAGACACACACACACACACACACACAACCCCUCUGCAGUUUACCUCUCAGGACAUUUUGUUAUUCCAAAGACCACUUGUGAUGACGACGUCAGCCUUCCUUACGUGUGAAGAGAACACAAUUUCCCCCCGGCUGUUCUUCGUCAAAGCUGCACUGUGCAGAGACUCUAUCAGUUCCCCCGUUAUUAUGGUUUCGACCGAUGCCGAAAUUUCGGAUCGUUUUUGGAUCACCACAUUGAUUGCUGCCUCUGUCACGCUAUGAUAGUUGCUAAACGCUAAACCUCCUGGUGGACAGUUGACAAGUGGACAAUUGUUAAAACCCAGUUGGGAUUAGGGCAAAGGCUACAAUAUAUAGGUGGCGUCUAGUUGGGUAAAGCACUCACCUGUUUUUUAGAUGUGCGCGUGAUUCUAAUGCUUCUCCUAGAGCCACUGCAAUCCACCGAGUGUUUGUUUUGUGAGAGAGAGUGUGAGUGAGGGAGUGCGUAUCACUAGGACCUGAAUCUUAUUGUCGCAUAUGUUUAUGACUCACCUUGCUCACUUCACGUCUCUCAUUAAGGAUAGGCAGACCAUUGGCAAAUCCCCCCCCCCUCCACACAAACCUAGAGCUCCAGCACACACUGAAAAGAAAACAGAGGGGGAAGGGGGGUGUACAGUAAUAUAAGCUUCUUAAUCAGAGUUGGAGUUGACCAAUAAUUUAUUACCAACCCAUAGCCUAGAUGUGAGUACUCUAUAUUAUUUUCAUAUAAAGUUAUCUAUCUAUCUAUCUAUAUAUAUAUGAACAUGAUUUUUGUGAUAGCUCUGCUCAUUGGUAGAAUGUAGAACAAUCUUCACCCUUCACAGAUAGAUCUCCAUGUUAAAUCAAGCUGGCUUUAGUCGUCUACUGUUCGUCUCGCCAAAAACAUGAUGGAUGAGGUCAUAAAUCAAGUUGUGCACAACAAAACUCGAUGGUUAUGACCACAUUCCCCUUCAGAGAAAAAACUUGACAGAAUCAUAGAGGGAUUGAGGGGCUAAUUGUCAUGGAGACGGAAUUCCAUCUGGUUCCGUCGGAGACCACCUGCUUCACAUUACCUUCAAACCUCACUCCACACACCGUAUGCCAGCUGUACACCAACCGUUUAUCACAGCCUUGACGUUUUCAAAUGUUGGUCCUGUCACUCAUUCCAGUUUAGUGAAAGAUAAAGAAAGACAGGAAGAGAGGAAGAAAAAAAUGAUUGAAAGUUUGCUUGUCUGGAAGCCUCGGGGCUCUCUUGAGCAAUUAAGCAGGAAACGGCGUUACAGACGUUUCAACAACCUGAUUCACUUGCAAACCAAAAAAAACCUUACGAUUUGGUAUCUCUGAUCCAAAAUGGGCAUCUUUGUAUUAUAGUCUUAAUCUUUGUUAUCUUGUAAAGUGUUACAGAGUCAAGUAUUAACCUUACAAAACCAUUUCUGUUGUUUACUUUCACCUCCUCUGUUGUAUUUUCUACUUGGUGGUUGACAUCUGUGAAAAAAAAGCUGCUUUGUUUCACUUUGUUGCAUUUUUUUUGUUUAGGGAGUAGAACGGUGCCCACCUCUCUUAGUGUCCCCUACGUUGCAUCACGUCACUCCACUGUUUUCAAUUUCAAUGCGAUGACGGCAUGCAGCCAUGCAGGGAAACACAAAUGCAUAGCAUUCGAUGCUAGUUCAUAACCGUAGCCUGGAAGCACAGAGCAGGUGUUUCAGGCUGGUUAAUAACUAUCCAUGAGAGAGGCGGUUAUUGUUCACCAGUCAUUGAGACUGUUAGCGUUACCCUUGAACAAAGAGUCACAUGCAUAAGUGUUGACCCUGCUGUCAUGCAAUGUUUUUCUUUCAUGAAUCGCCCCUGUAUUUGCCCUCCACCCCCAUCCUCAUGCCUAACUUAGCCACACACACACAGGCUUUUCCCCAUCUCCCUGAUACACACACCCUCCACCCUCCCUAAUAGAGGGAGAGCAACCGUGGCACAAAAGGUGCAAACACACACACAGUCAGUCACUGACACAUACAUGCUGAUCACACCCCAGGUGUUCAUGUGGCAUCAUAGUACAGCAAGCUGACACCCCCCCUCCAGCCAAACCCAGGCCCUGGCUCCUAGUAUCUCCAGUGACUGUUUGUGUUUUGGCUUCAUAGAGGGUCUGAGUGGCUAGGGGUUAGAGGGCAUUUGUCUGUAAUACUUUUGCACCUCCAGACAAUGGUUUUUGCAUUCCCACACAAUCCGAAAGGUAUGCAAAGAAUGAAUUAGGAAUGUCAAGGCACUGCGGGCAAAUAGAGAAAAAUAAAACGUGGAAGUAUGCUAAAUUCCUACUGUGGCCUUACAGAGGCUUUAGAUGGAGCCAUCAACAGGUCGUUGUGGAUACACCUAUGACAGACUACCUGUACUCACUCACAAUUAUGUAUCUCUGAUAAGAUCCCUGCAUUUCCUCGGCAUGACACGCCCACACUCUAAAAUGACAACAUUCCUUUAGAAGUUGUGUGAGGGAAGAUAAAAGUCAUAUAAAGGAAUGUAGUAAAACUUAUUUUUAGAUUUAAAAAAAUAAUAAUGCAGUGGCCUUACUGAGGCCAUAGAGGCUCUAUCGCUGUGGAUUCAGUACCAUGGAACAAAACUGACUGUGGUCACGUAGCAUAGAUGCUGUUUUGACAUACAAGUCGAUGCAAAUUGGUGCAAAUGUUCUAGAAGAAAGACCACCAGAAAAAAAAGUACAGAAACUUGUCUCAAGCUUUUCCUUUGAUGAAAGACACUGAACGUGCACAAUAGAGUAUAACCUGUUACAGUUCAUUUCAUGAUCAUCGUUAUUUCCACUGAGCUCUUGUUCUGUGGGGCAAUCCGAUAUCACUUACACACCGGUGGUAACCAUUCCUUGUGUGGCAGCCAUCUUCUUUAUCAAAGUAUUCUAAUAAAGAAAAUAGCUUUGGUACCA